CUCCAUAUUCAGUGUGCCUGUCGGAGAAUUUGUUUCAAUUGUUUCUUAGCAAUGCCUCGUACGAGCAAUCAUAUUACCGAAAUUGUCUUAGUGACCUUUAUUUCGAGAGCGAAAAUGAAGACCGAUAUGAAAUUUUUGUGUUUUGGGCGAAGAUUCGAAAAGAAUCUGGAUUCACUUCCUCUAGGUUACCAUGAAUUACCAAAAGGGUAGGUGAUUUAAGGGAAUUCCGGAGAUGACAUGUCAUCUAGAAUGUCACCCCGCGUUUUCUUCCCAUCCUCAUCAUACUCAUCAUUCGCCGCAACAUCAAUCACUUUGGAACUAUGCGGGACGGUGCCAACUACAUUGAUGUGCUCGUUGUCGGAGCCGGCCCAGUGGGUCUCAUCACGGCGUUCCAGCUUGCCAAAUUCGGUGGCAUAUCUGUUCGCAUCGUCGAGAAACAUGUCAAAUCAACGCAAGACGCCUAUGGUCGCGCUAUUACGCUCUUCCCACGAACAAUCGAAAUGCUUGACCAAUUAGGUCUUGCUGAUGAGCUACUGCAAAGUUGCUUUGCCUGUCGUGAUACAGUGACGUACAAUUCCGACGGCCAAGAAGUCGAAGGUCGGGGAUGGAGUUUUAUGAAACACAUGGGUGACACAACAUUUAAUUUCGCCCUUGUUCUAAGGCAGAAGUUCCAAGAAGAGAUCUUCCGGAACGCAAUGGAGAAAUAUGGCGUACGAGUGGAAACCCCAGUCGAGCUAACAACAGCUUCAGUGGUUCCUAGUGACCUGGAUAUGGACUAUCGCAUAACAGCAGUUCUUCUCCAUCACAAUGAUGGGGUAUACGAGACAGUGAGAUGUAAGCACUUAAUAGGCUGUGAUGGAGGUCAUUCAUCUGUUCGAAGUAUAUUCAAUAUCCCAUUUGAAGGCUCUGCUAGUGAGGACAGAUGGGUGAGAAUAGAUGGUCAGGUCAAGACAAAUGUUCCGAAGCCUCGUUCUUAUUGUUCAAUCGAGUCUCCAACACACGGAAACGUGCUUUGGGCUCCCUUAGACCGUGGGGCGACAAGGAUCGGAUUUGCUUUUACUGACAAUCGAGCCGAGAAAUACGCCAAAUUUGAUGAAACAGCUGCUGUCGAGGAGGCUAUAGCUGCUGUUAAGCCUUUCGAUGUUGAGUUUGAAUCCGUCGACUGGUGGACAAUCUACACUGUCGGACAGCGAAUAGCCAAAAAUUUCUCUGUCAAGGACUGCAUCUUUCUUGCUGGAGAUGCCUGCCAUACACACUCGUCAGGUGCAGCACAAGGAAUGAACACAGGUAUUCAUGAUGCAGUAAAUCUCGCUUGGAAGUUGUACCUCACGCUGCGCGGAGUAACGGUCCUAGACCUCUUGCAAACGUAUCAAGCAGAACGGCUUCCAAACGUACAGCGACUCAUACAGUAUGACAAGGACAUCAGUCGGCUCAUGACAAAUCGUCUACCGGAGAACUGGGAGGGUGACCCAGAUACCGAUGUCAACGUGAUCUUAGGGCGGCUCUUCAAAGAAGCAGGGGUUUUUACCAGCGGACUCGGUAUCUCUUAUGAGAUGCAGAAAGAUGACCACCUAAAUGUACAAGGUUCUUUCCAUGGCUCGCAGCCUCAAGUCAAGCCGGGGAAGAGAGGACCGGAUGUCACAUUGUUACGCCCAGGGACGUUCGAACCUACGAGACUUAUUCGCGAGCUUUCUAACCUGGCCUGCUUCUAUAUACUUAUCUUUGCUGCUGAGCGUCUACCUCCUAUACCCAAAGAGAUACACGAUUGCGAACUUGAAGACGGUCGUUACCGGAAAUUUAUUACAAUUCUUCCCAGACGUGGGUCUUCGCCGUACGAAUUACUUGGAGGCAAACCUCCCCUUGGGCAUGCAUAUUUCGAUACAGAAGACCAACAUGCAUACCGACAGUACGGAAUUAGCCCGAAGCAGGGUGCCGUCGUGAUCCUGAGGCCGGAUGGCUGGAUUGGGACAAUGGUAGUGCUGGGAAAGGAGAGUAUUGAGGAGGUUGAGGAAUAUUUCAGGCCAUUUGAUUUCGAUGAGUGAUACAACAGCCACAUUUCGCCCACCAGCCCAAUCUAGCAAAAAUCAGGCGCUCUUCUUGGAGUGAGAUUGCUAAAACGAGAUUGUAGAAGUAUCGAAU